AAUGCACGUUGUACAGCAUUGUCAAAAAAAAGCCGAAAAUAGUCGAGUAGUAAGUUGUUGUUUUUUAAAGCCCAAUGGCAAUGAAUGCAAAACAUGCGUGACACUGCCCGUGCUGGAGAUAGAUGUGGGUCCAUCCUAUUUGACAACCACUUCAGUAAGAUACUGAAGAGUGUAGAUAAACUGCCUAAUAAAGCCUGGAUCUUUCACAUAGGCCUCCUCAAGGCUAUCCGUUCUGUAUCACACCUGCCCCCGUGGCCAGGAUAACCAGCUGAUGGACAGACACAGGUCCUUAUUAAAGGGGCUGAAUACAUAUGCAAUAGACCGCUAAGUCCCAAUGUGACGGCAGUGUGACUGUCCUCCGGGGAGUACACGCGCCUGCCCCGCACGGCCACAGGCAGCGCUCAGCUGACUGCACAUUAUGACCCCCACGUGUUUCCUGUGAGGGCGGGGCCAGGCGCGUGACAGCCAGUCUCCACAGAAGCACCCAGUCUGGGAUAGGCGGGGCGGGCGGAGGUCGCUCGGUGUCAUGUGAUCACGUCUCGUCUCACAAGCGUUGGUUGGUGUCGUGCAGCUGCAGCCUCCGCCUUGGUGUAAUGGAGUUCCUAUUAGGCAACGCGUUCGCGACGCCGGUGGGGCAGCGGAUCGAAAAAGCCACAGAUGGAUCUCUGCGUACUGAAGAUUGGGCCCUGAACAUGGAGAUAUGUGAUAUUAUCAAUGAGACGGAAGAAGGGCCUAAAGAUGCAAUCCGUGCUCUAAAGAAAAGAAUUGUGGGAAAUAAGAACUUUCAGGAGGUUAUUUUGGCCUUGACGGUACUUGAGGCUUGUGUGAAGAAUUGUGGACACCGAUUCCAUGUACUAGCAGCCAACCAGGAAUUUGUUGAAGGGGUGCUAGUAAGGACGAUCCUGCCUAAAAACAACCCUCCAGCUAUAGUCCACGAUAAGGUGCUUAAUUUGAUACAGGCUUGGGCAGAUGCAUUCCGCAGCAGUCCUGAUCUAACUGGGGUGGUGGCUGUUUAUGAAGACCUGAGACGAAAAGGACUUGAGUUUCCAAUGACAGAUCUGGACACGCUAUCUCCUAUUCAUACUCCUCAGCCUAGUUAUGUCAAACCUGAAGUUGUGCCGCGACCAGAUUUGUCACCACCUAGUACCCUUCAAAGAGGAGGUUCAGUCAGUCACCCCGAGCCACCCCCUUAUUCAGGUCCGGCUCAGACAGGAACUUCCGGCGAUGCUCCGAUAAUCCCCACAGCUGAACAGAUAGCGAAGCUGCACAGUGAAUUGGAGGUGGUGAACGGAAACGUGAAAGUCAUGUCUGAGAUGUUGACUGAAUUGGUUCCCCAGAAGGCGUCACCGUCUGAUUUGGAGUUACUGCAGGAAUUGAACCGUACAUGCCGAUCCAUGCAGCAAAGAGUCCUGGAGCUCAUACCUCGAGUGACCCAUGAACAGCUCACAGAGGAGCUUCUUAUUGUGAAUGACAACCUCAAUAAUGUUUUCCUUCGCUAUGAGAGGUUUGAGAGAAUGUUUGUUGGUCAGACUGGUAGAGCCGCAGAAAACCAGAUUCCAAGCAACAGAGAAGCCUCACCAUCUCUUAUUGACCUAGAGACCACCUCUACAGUGGCCCAAACACCUGCUUCCUCUCUAUCUGCACAGCUAGCCAGUAUCAAUCUGAGUCCUGCGUCUGUGAGUGGAACCCUGAAGUCUCUGGAACAAGGAAAGAAACCAGAAGAUGAUUUUGAUAUGUUUGCACUUACAAGAGGGAGCUCUCUGGCCGAGCAACGCAAGAGUGUUAAAUAUGAGGAUCCUCAAGCGGCAGAAGGACUUGCGGUGGCCCUUGAUACUCGGCAGCAGAACACUGGUGCAAUUCCAGGUACUCAAAACAAUUUCAUGGAUGACAUUGAAAAAUGGCUGUCUGUUGAUGCAGAAGAUGAGAUAGAGGGGGAGGAAGGUGUUACAAGUGAAGAAUUUGAUAAAUUCCUAGAGGAACGAGCAAAGGCAGCAGAUCGUGUUCCCUCAUUGCCUUCUCCUCCAACUGAUGGCCCUAGAGUUGCCUCCAGCACAGGGCGGGAUAAGAAAGAAAAAGAUGAAGACGCUCUCUUUGCCUUGUGAGUCCCUAAAUCUCUGUCUGGAGCUUAUGGACAUCUGGGAAAUCUCACAGACUGCUGUAAAGUGGAAUUGUCCAGUAGGAGACUCUUCUGAAGCAAAGAAUGUUUCCUGUGUUACUUGGAUCUUCUGGAAUAUGGACGCCAUGAGUAACACCAGAUCACACAGCUGUUUUACUCUGUUGAUUUGAUCUCUUGUGAUGUUAGCUAAGAUAGCUACAUGUCCUGAUGCUUAAGACCUUGUUGGUUGGACCUUUUGCUUUCUUCUUGCCUGGAUAAUUGUCUGAAGUGGAGCCAUUGAUUAGCACUACAAACCUGAAGCUAUACGUCCAACAGUCACACCCAACCACCUACAGACUGCACUACUGGAAGGCGUAUCCAACUAAACAUACAAUGGAGUUUGAUCAUAUUAUCACUACCACCUUCCUUAACACCAAAAGUGCCUUCUUGGUCUUGAUUUGCUUUGUUAAAUCUUUUUAUUUUUUAAGUGGUGCCUCGGCUAAGAGGUUUUUCUACAUAUUAGGAGCAGCACGUGGCUAUUCCAGCACUAUAUAUGUUUAGGUACGAGAAAUGAUGGCUACCGGCAGCAUUUACCAUACCUGAGACAGUAACUUUGUGCUAUAAUUAUUCUUAUUCUGCUGUAUUUUUUUCAGACAAAUGUACCCGGCAAUGUAAAACCAUGGAUAUUUUCAUCAUGGUUGCCAUGGCUAUAUUCAGGGGCAUCUACAGUAUAUGUUUCUGUCAUGUAUUUUUUAGUUUUAACAUUCUUAAACCGGACCGGUCACCUUUCCUGACAUGUCUGCUACUUGCAUUCCCCAUGUAAUCACAAUUCUGGAGCAUCUAUCCUUAUGACUCUAUAAUGUGCCAUUCCUCUGUUAUUUUCUGCUAGAAAUUUAUGAAUGAAUUGCCAGCAGCUUGCAGUAAAGGUACAGAAGGGUGUUACCAGUUGGGGGUGUGUCCCUGUACAGCCUGACACCUCCACUACUGGUAACAUCCAGCAGUACCUUUACUGCACACUGCUGGCAAUUUAUUUGUAAACUUUUAGCAGGAAUAAUACAGGAAUGGCAUGACAUAGAGACAUAAGAAUAGAUGCUCCAGAAUCCUGAUGUCCCUUGUUUUAAGGCUUGGAUUUGAUAAGAUUACUUUGAAAACAAAUCCAUCAUAUUUGUUUUGGCCUUAUUAAAAGGGUUUUGUAGGAGGUUAAUAUGGAUGACCAAUCCUUUGGACGAUCAGCUGUUUUCAUAUGCUGCUGUGUGCUGGAACCCAGUAUACAGCAGCUCCUGAACACAGCUCAUCAGCGGGGCUGUCGGGAGUGGGACCCCUUGCUAAUUUGGUAUUGACGACCUAUCCUAAGGAUGCAUCAAUAAUAUAAAGGUGAGGCCCGGGCUACAGUUUUUAAUGACUUUUUCCCAGGAUAAGUCAUCAGUCCCCAGGAUAAGACAUCAGUAUCAGAUCGGCAGCAGUCUGACUCCUGGUACCCAUUGCCAACGGCUGUUUAAAGGGGCAGUGGCACUCCAAUGAGCACUCCGACCUCACGGCUUACCAAGUACAACGCUGUACAUUGUAUAGCAGUCCAGGCCCAUUCUCUUUAACAGGACUGAGCUGCACAUAGUGCAUGUGAGCAAUGAACAUGACGUCACUGACCAAGGAAGAGGCUGAUUGGUGGGGGUGUCGGACUCUCACUUAUCUGAUAUUGAUGACCUAUCCCAAUAAUAGGUCAUCUAUAUCUUGAAACCAGACUACCCCUUUAAACUCUUGGAAAACACCUUUAAGAACAGAAGCUGUGCUGUUAGUGUGCAUAGGGCCUUAAAGAGGACCUGUCAUGGAAUUACCAUUCUGGAGCAUGUUUUAUGCAAUACUUCUAUUAUACCUACUAGAAGUCUACAAAUGGAUUGCCAGCAUUCUGCAAUAAUGGUUCAAUUGGGUGUUACCAGUAGUUUGUGACACACAUCACUGAUUGGAUAGAGUCGACUGUGCAGGGAAAUCGCCCCCCCAACCGAUAUUGCCCAGUUCAACUUUGCAGAUUGUUGGCAAUCCAUUCAUACGCUUUUAGUAGGAAUAAUAGAGGAAUGACUCAAGAUAAAGUUGUAGGAAAAGCGGCUCCAGAAUUGUUAUUACAUUGAUAAAACAACUAGUUACUAAAAGGAGCUUGCCAGGAGAGGUAACGGGUCUUCUCACUAAAUGUAGGUGUCCCUGGAGGUAGCCAUGGCAACCAGAAUCUGCUAUUUUUACUGUUAGCUGCUGUCAGAGCUGAACAAUUGUACAAAUGGAAAUAAAGUUUAGAUUGCAAUAUUGCCUCUCAUUUCAGAAUUAAAAAAAAAAAACACGUUU